CACAGUAUGCUUGAGAGCAAGGCUCACCAGACCAGCCACUACACGUGUCUCCUGACCCCACAAGAUAUUUAUAUAUUUACUUCCUUAUUAUGUGUCUAUUCCAUUGAUUUUUGGAUAUGAAAUCAAUCAGAUACUCAUAUUUUUAUAAUUAAAAUAAGUACCUGAGGUUAAAUUCCUUGUUUAUGAUAUAGACAAGAAUAAUGAAGGAGAAACCUCAGCGUCAGGCUCACAAAACCACCAACACCUUCACCUUCCGGGGGUUUGGCGAAAAAGUACGAGCUCUUCGUGUCAGCGCCCGGAAAUUCCUUCUCCAGCGUCCUCAGACUGAAGAUGGGGAGAACGUCUCCAUAUUCUACCAGACACUUAUCAAGUGCAGAGAACUUAACCUUACUGAAGCUUUUCAGGCAUUUCAGAAUGAUUUGGGCGGGGACAUUCAGACAACAGUCCAGUUGAUCCAUCAGGAAGAACAUGUGGCUCAAUGUCUGGCUGAACACUUAGCCAUACCAAGGUCUAUGGCCUUGCAGUCACUUCUAAACCUCUUGGUAGCCUUUGCCAAUGAUAUCCCCCAGGAGUUCUACCAGCGUCAUUUUUACAACUUUUUGCCGAAACUGGUGGCACAUCUCUCAACUAAAGAUCCUGAACAAAUAGAAGGUGUAUUUCUCUGUGCUGUUUCCUUAUUUGUAGUUUUACAAAAGUAUCUACGAGAUGAUCUAUACGAGUUAUAUCACGUUCAUCAGUAUGCAGCUUUGCUCUCGAGUAAACGACCGUGGUAUAUUAAUGAGCUUGCUGCCCAGAGCCUUAGUUUUUUGGUACGGAAGCUUCCUAACAAGAAGAGCUUUUUGGGUAUGGCCUUUAGAAAGUUAAAGAAGGAUGGAAGUCAGGUGCAGGGCUUAGGGAGGGUUAUAGCAACAAUGAUAAAGUCUGAUGUAACCCAACGCUUACACAGUGCAACUCCUCAGUUAUUAACUCUGAUACUGGAUCUCUUGGGAGAUGAAGAGAUACCGGCAGGUCCGGCGCUGCAAACAAUUUCAUAUGCUGUGACAAACAUUGCCAGUCACGUCACUACUCAACACACAGACAAGAGUACCAAAUGGCAGGUCUUGUGGCAGGAGGAUGCUACUAUGGUGUGGCCAAUUUUGUGGAAUACUAUAGACGCACUGGUACCCCGUACAGGUUCGUCUGAUGCUUCCUGCCAUCACCUUCAUUCUAUCUUGCAAGUGGUGCAGAUUUUAGUGACUUAUAAACAAGGCUCGUUACUUGUAAAUCUACCCGAUUCCAUAAGGCAUUGCACGGCUCUUACCCAGACUCCUCUUCCAGAUGAUGUUGGUAGUACUGUUUUUAACAUUGUUGCCAAUCUGCUGACCACCCCACAUCAUCAAAUUAGCACCACAACUCUUCAUAAGGCAGCAUCAAUGCUCCUCACUUCACAUCAUUCUCACUUUGUUAAAUUCAACUUUAUAAAGCAACUGUUGGAAAAUGCAAGGUUUGACACUGAGCUGCUGCCACUGCUUCUGCAGUACCUAAACAAUUUAGUGAGGACUACUGAAGGGGAAGAAAUUGAGAGAGAUGUGUUAUCUAUGAUGGGAACUCUUGUGCUGCGUAAGCGACCACCAUGUAGCACAGGAGCAGAACUGAGCAUGUGGACAAAAUACCCAUUGGACUUCACACAGAAUCUUCCGGCUGUUGAGAGUAAUAUUGAGAAAAGUGUCCCAUCGUUAAUUGAAAAAAAGAUAAGUGGAGGACUAAAGGAAGAUCUCUCUAAUAUGGAAGAGUUGCUGCUCUGCUUGUUGUGUUUACCUCACGUGUCCCCUCUGGACUACCAAGAUAUGACCCCAUACCUUACCUGGAUCCUAAGUGAUGCUGUUGAAACACUCAAUGAUAAAACAGAAAAAGUCAUUGCUGAUGAUAUAACUGUAAUCUCCAAGAAGAAAGGAAAACCAAAGUUUGAGGUGCUAGAUUUCACUCGUGACUUAAAUAUCAAGUAUGAUAUCCCUUUGAGUGCAAGGAAAAUAUUGUUUUUAUUGGGGGUUUUGGUCGAGGUGAUGUCACAUAUUUUGACUGGUGAGGACUUCCUUGCUGGCUUAAGUCAACUUCAAAUAUUAGGAGUUUUAAAACAGAAAAAGCAGUACAGAGAAGAUGUACAUAUCCUGAGAGCAUUGGACUUUCAUUUUACUGUAGCUUCAUUCGAAGAAGAUUUUGAUAUCAUGACUGAAUCAUUUUUCAAGGAUAUUUAUGGUGUACUUGCACCAGCUUUGGCCUCUGCCAAUCCUCAAGUUCGUUUACUGGUGACCCAUAUAUUCUCACUAUUCCCAGUAACCUUACCAACACCACCAGAGAAUUUGGGUGUUGUUGAGAAUAUGUUCCAGAUUAUGUUGAAGGCAGAAUCAGUAGCAGUGACUCCCUGGGAAUACAAGGACCGUUUGCGAUUUUUGUCGAUGAUAGAUGCAGACCACAUAAUGUAUCACCGGCCAGUGUCUGGAACAUACGAUUUAGCUCCUCUUCUCUUCUACCUCGGACAGUUGUAUAUAAAUUAUAAAGAUGUUUGGCCUCCAAUCAUACAGGCAAUUUCUAGCUAUGCCCAAGUUCUGCCAGAAGAAUUAUUUUGGUCAUUGUGGUUUUCAAGGCUCAAGAUUGUCUCUCACAUCACUUGUGAAGUACUACAUGGGAAGACAGUAGACCCUCAAGAAGAUCUAGAUUUUGAAAACGAGAUCCUUCUUGAUGUUGUCCAUCACCUAGCGAGGCACCAAGGCUUUACCAGGGUGCCAUUAAAGCCAGAUCAUCUUAAUUACAGAGAUUUAUUGUGGAAAGCGAUGAAAAGAUUCCCUGAUGUGUGUGAAGCAAGAAAUAGAGACCUUGUACCAAUGUUCCUUAAAUUUCUUGAAGAUGAACUUUUUCCAGCAGACUUUACAGUUGCUCCCAUACAAGACAUCAGUGUCAGAGAUGGUACAGACACCUCAGUGUCUGCAGAUACAAAUCUUGACCAGAGUUUAGAGAAGAAGCCAGAUAAUAAUAAUAAAAGUCCUAAGACAAAAUCUGCUUUGCAAGAAAACAAAAAUGACCAGACACAUCACAGAAAGGCACCCAUUAAGUCACUAUGUGAACAGCUUGCCGUUUUUUCACGGUUUCGUAACCCAAGGAUGUUGGUUCAAACAAAGAAAUUAGAAAAGAUGUACCAGGAAUUUCUAAGCCAUCCAUCACCUGGUCUUCAGAAACUAGCCCUUGAUUGUAUAAUGACAUAUAACCACCGUUAUCUCAUACCAUAUAAAGAAAGUUUGUACAAUAUUUUGGAUGAUCAAGCAUUCAAAAAUGCUUUAACACUCUUCAGUAUAGAUGGAUCAGAACAAUCUGUGUUGGAAGAACACCGUAGUGACUUAAUGCCAGUCCUCAUGAGGAUCCUCUAUGGUAAAAUGCACUUCAAGACAGGCUCCAACAGUUCUGGCAAGGCAAAGAUUUCAGUAAGAAAAGCUAUUGUACUAAGAUUUUUGGCUGGUGCCAGAGAAUCAGAAUUAAGUUCCUUCCUUGAACUUGCUUUUGAUGUGCUAAUGAGUCACCUGGAAGGUACUGCCCUGGAUGUGGUGGUUCGAAGCCGUGAGAUUCUUAACAUACAAAAAGUUGUACCUCUUAGUAGACUACAGGGAGCACUCACCACUCUAGAAAAUAUUAUUGAAAAGAUUGGAAAUCUACUAACAGGCAAAGUUCCUUUCUUAUUAAAGAUUAUUCUUUAUAUAGUCAAUGUGGUUUCUUUGCUGCUUGAACGGCGAACAGAAAUAUAUGAACGCAAUAUAUCUUUUCUCAAGCAUUUGAGACAGCAAGCACAGUGGAGACUCUCAGCAUUCUUCCAGCGGUUUGAAGACUACUGCUGGUCGUCAGAAGAGAUUGAUGCUGUCUUCCAAGCAAUUGUGUGGCCAAACCUGAAACGUCUCCCAGAUGAAGGUAUCUCCACCCCUACACCUUUGUUAGUUCUCUUCCAGUGCUGGGCAGAGAACCCAAGGUAUUUUCCUUUGCUUGCUAAAUAUCAUGAAAAAGACGCUUCACUUACUCCAUUGCCAUACAUUGUAAAGCUGCUAAAACAUGAUAAAUGUAGUGACUCAGUUGCUGCUGUUAUUUUGAACAUUGUAGAAAAGUUGCUCACUCUGGAAGAUUACAACAGUGCCUCUGUCAAAGAUGGAGAAAAGGUUGCAGAGCCUCUUCCACUGAUUUCUCACACUGUUCAAGUUGAGAGACUUUAUUCUCGUGAUGGUAAAAUUCAACAAAAUUAUGGGACUGCACUCCUUGUGCCUCACUUGGAUGGCCUUUUGCAAAGUAUGAAGAGCUUGGUUACCAAAUUGGGUAAAGGGCAGUAUGUAACCCAGCGUGACCUUAAUAUUCUAACAAAUUUGACAGAAUGGGUCACAAACAAGAGUGUUAGUGAUGAUCUCUUGAGUCUUAUUAUACCACUCAUUGUUAAGAAACAUAUUAAGAAAGAAGAUAAGAUAUCUCAGUUACUUGUAACCUGUUCAUACCUUUUACCUGUUGUAGACAAUGGUGUGCAGUAUUUAAGGCAACUAAUUUCUCUGUUUGGUUGCCUGGAGAGUCGUCAAGCACGAGGUGCCCUCUGUCAAGCUGUUAGUGCCAUAGCUUCAGUAAAUCAACAUUUCAAAUAUCUGGCAGAUACAGCAGCUGAUCUGAAUGCAUGGAACCCAAAGAUGGUUGAGGAAUAUGAUUUUGAGCGACGAUUAGGAGCAUACCAGCGAUUGAAUGAAUACUGCAAAAAUCAGCAGUCUCUUGAAAUGGAAUUUUGUCAGCUUCUUUUGUACAAUAAUGCAUUUGUCAUUUGUCAAGUAGAUGAUUCAUCCUUGAAAGACUUGUCAAGUGUUUGCUUAACACAGAUGAUUGACAUGUUUGCUCGACUGCAGCCAAAUCAACCUAAUGAGUUCAAGCAACUUAUGGUUGACAGAUUCCUUCCAUUGAUAAGACUUGGCCUUCAGAGUGAGAAGGAGGGUGUGAGGAUGGAAAUAAUAUCUGUUCUUCGCUAUGCAGUCCACACCUGCCAUGCACAUGUCGAUAGACUAAAGGAUCUUCAUAAAUUAGCAGAUGAAAUAGAAGAAGAUUUAGAUUUCUUCAGUAAUAUGGGACAUAUUCAGAGGCAUAGGAGAGCCAGAGCCAUGGCAAAGUUAGCAGAGAAGUUGAACAGUGGAGAACUUGUCUUUAUGACAGAAACUCUCACAGAUUACCUUAUGCCAAUGUCAGUUGUUUAUCUUUUUAAGGAAACUUAUGCCUCGGAUGAUUUUCUAAUAACAAGUUCAGUAAGUUGCAUUGGAGCAUUUGCAAAGCUCCUGCCUUGGUAUCCUUACCAAAAAAUGCUACGGAAUUACUUGAGCAUGUUGUUUAAAGAAGACAUUAAGUAUCUUAAACUUGGAGUGAGGGUUAUAGAUGCUGUGCUUGAUAGUUUUCAUGAAGAUGUUGAAGAACUUGAUAUUGCCUUGAGAAAGAAACCAUUUGAAAAAAAUCUUGCUUUGCAAAGUGUGAAGAAAUAUAACAAGCAAGUUGCUCCAAAAGUAACAGAGAAAAAUCCUGAAGAUGUAGAAGUGAAGGAAGAGGAGGAGUCCGGGUCGGGCACAGGGGACAUCAUCAGUAAACCACAGAAGAUUUAUCGUGCACUGGUCAACACUAUUAUCCCACAGAUUCAGAGGACUCUAGCAGCCAAAACCAAAGCUGACACCGAGCACAAGUUGAACAAGAGUAAAUACCCUGAGGAUAAUGACAUUAAACGUAUCCCUCUUGCAUUUGCACUAAUAAAACUUCUUAAAAAACUUCCUAAAAAGGUGCUUGAUGCAAAUGUUAACAGUGUGCUUAUGAAAAUGAUUACCUUCUUGAAAUGUAAGUCGUCGAGUAUACGUGAAGAAGCUCGUAACAUGCUUGUAAAAAUUAUGAUUGAAUUGGGUGGUGUUUACCUACCUUGGCUGGUGAAUGAUUUGCAGUGUAUUCUUACCAGGGGUUUCCAGGCACAUGUGUUAGUUUACACGCUGCACGCAGUUCUCUCCCAGUUACGUCCGGUUCUGACUGCGGAACACGUGGACCGAUGCAUGGCACAGAUGAUAGACAUUUGUAAGGAAGAUAUUCUUGGUGUGCAAGCUGAGGAGAAGGAAGUGAACCAGAUUACUAGCAAGGUAAAGGAAGCAAGAAGUGACAGAGGCUAUGACAUAUUGUGUUUCACUGCAGAGUUUAUAUCAGCAGAAAGUCUCAGAGAUAUAAUUUUACCAUUAAAGGAUGUUUUGGCUAAUACACAAGACAAGAAAAUAGUUAAUAAGAUGAUUCGAUGUUUAACUGAGAUUGCCAAUGGACUUGAACGGAAUGAAAAUAUAACCAUAACUCAGAAAUCUUUAUUUAUAUAUGGAAUCCUAAAUGAAAGAUUACCUGAAAUAACAGUUGAUAAGGCGGGAGCAAAAGUAACUAAGAAGAAAGGCAUUGAAAGACCAGAUUCAUUCCUCCUUCAGCCAGAGCCAAAGAGAGCAAGGCUUAACCCAAAGACUUCACUGAGGGCAACUGCUCAUGUUUUGAUUGAAUUUACUCUGCAGUUCUUGUGUAACCUGAUGAAAAGAGAAAAAUUUGUUCCAAAAGAGCUUGAGCACCAGAAGUUACUGGACCCUUACAUUUCUGUGAUGGCAGGUUGUAUCAACUCUGAAUACCCUGAGGUGAGUCUACAAGCUCUGAAGUGUGUCAACUGGCUCAUUAAGUUCCCUCUUCCCUCACUUAAGAAGCAAUUAAAGAGCAUAUGUAACCAGAUGUUUGUGAUCUUGGACAAAUUUUCUUCCCCAGAGCUUGCUAAGGGGAAAAUCUAUGACCUUGUUCAGUUGUCUUUUAAGACUUUAGCAAUAAUUAUCAAGACUGUUGAGUUUUACAUGUUGAGUGAAGAAGAGGUGCGUGUGUUGUUGCAGUAUGUUGAGGGGAAUCUUGAAGACAAUAGUCAACAACAAACUGCUUUUGUUGUUCUCCAAGCCAUAAUUGCAAGGAAGAUAGAUGCUUAUGAACUGCAUUCCUUGAUGAAGCACGUCCAGGUGAUGAGUAUAACCUGUGGCCGGCAGUAUGCCCUGAAUCAAGCGCGCAUUACCUACUACACGUACCUGCUCACUUACCCAAUGAAACCCAAACAUGUCACUGCCAACAUUCUACAUUUUCUUGGCAACGUGUCAUACACACACGAAGAGGGCCGGCUUUCGGCUUCAACCAUGAUUAAUACUAUCGUUGCAAAUUUCCCAAUUAAACUCAUUAGCAAGGAUUUGGAAACAAAAAUGUGGUUCAAAUUAUCUGAACAGCUGUUGAAGGACGAAUCAAAAGAAAAUAUUACCCUUUUACAUAAAGCGUUGAAAACUCUGUUUCAGAGAUCAAGAAGGAAACAGAUGUUAACUGAGUUGUGUAUGAAGCUUUUGGAGGAAGAAGAUAGCAGUGUUACAUCAAAUUUGGUAGCCAUACAAAUGGCUGCCAAGUCUCUAAAUGCCUUCCUUGAUGUGCCUGUUAAACUGUUACCAAUCAGUCUUUUGUCAAGUGUUACCCCUCAGAUAAUCACUCUCAUUACUCCAUCCAGGUACUGUGCCCAGCUUAGCAUUGAGAGCCAACCAAAUGACUCUGAAAAUUUGGACAUGAAUAUUCAUCUUCGACAAAUGGACACAACUUUAUGUGCACUAUUGGAAGUGUUAACUAAGGUGGUGGGAGCCUUCAUAAGCAAUCCACAAUGGAGUAAUCUUGUUAGUGAGGAGAUGUGGGACAAUAUUCAAGGUCAUCUGCGCUACCCACACAUACAGGUGAGACUGAGUGCUGCCAGCCUGGUAGGUCGUCUGUUAGCUGCUCAUCCUGUUGAAGGGGAGACGUCACCCUCACUCGCCUCCUCGACUGCCCGAGCACGUUCACUUGUAUUAGACUUGUGUGAACUUCUUCGAACGCAAGCUUCAAUAGGCAUUCCUCUCCUGACUCAGCUGUCACUAACGGUAGUGAGGAACCUCAUAUAUCUGAUUCGUCACUCGUGCAAGGUCUCAUUAGUACUCAAAACCUCUAAAUUAAGUGAUGUUGAAGCUGAGAGUGAAAGUACAAAAGCUGAAAACAUUCUUCAAGGGGAAGAUGCUGUUGCACCUAGUGCAGUUUGGGUCAUUCGUCGUGUUGGUGAUAUGGCUUAUGAAGAGCUUCAGAAUAGUGGAAAGGAGUACACUUUAGUUAGAGAAGCAUUGUUAAAUCUCAUGGCUGGUUUAGUUGUUGCCAUUGGAGACAAAGUAAAAGCACCCACUCUACUCACCUAUAUGGUAAAACAUCUUGCUCGUGAGUUAUCCGACGAACACGUUCCCGAGUCUCUCAUUACACGAACUAGGGAGGUAGCUGUUCUUGUUAAGGAAUGCGUUGGUUUAGAGACGUAUACCCGUCACCUCACCGCGGCUCAAGUUGUCCUCUCCAAGAAGCGAUGGGAAAGACGUGCCCGUGACCACCAGCAGCAGGCUGUUAAUCCACAUCUAGCAAUGAAAAAGAAGAAAAAGAAGCAAGAAGCAUUAAAGGAAUCGAAAAAACGAAAAAUAGCCGAGAGAAAAGGAAAAGCCGUAAAAAAUAAGAAGAUGAAACUAAGAGAUCACGUUGUUGUGAAGGGUUAAUACUGUACAUAUCACAGUACUGUAUUUGUUCUAAAAAUGUUAAUCUGUAUUGCAGAAAGAUGCACUGUAUUUUGAAAUGCUAUAUAAUAAUGAAACUAUGAUUGUAUAAUAAUGAUACUAUGAUUGUAUAAUAAUGAUACCAGUUUUAAGUA